GAGAUCUUCAACAAUAAAACUCUUAGCACUAUUGAAAUCUCUGAUCUGGUGAAAGUCAGGCUUGUUUGGUAAGUUAGGGCCUUUCAAAGAGUUUGGCAACAUUUCCAUUGAUCAACUCUUGCCCUCUCUUGAUGUGGGGCACGGCGAGAGUAUGCACACCAUUGGAUACAAAUCUAAUGUUUGGCUUGCUCCAUCUUUUGGUGAAAUCAAGUUUAAUAUUGAUGCCUCUGCUUUGGGGAAGCUGGGACUGACCAUGGUUGGUGGUGUCUUAAGGAAUGCCCAAGGUUUCAUGAAAUGUAUGUUCUCCACGAUUGUGGGGGUUAUGGAUCUUAAUCAAGCCGAGCUGCUUGCGAUCAAUGAGCCAUCACUAUCUUGGCUGUUGACAACUGGGUUAGGGACCAUAUUAUUACUGUGGAAAGUGACUCCUUUGUGGUUAGGUUGGAUCAAGAAUAAUUCCAUCCUGUGGAGACUCAACUCAGUUGCCAAUUCGAUUGUCAAUGGAUGUGGCCAAGUAGAAUCAGGUCCAUUUCAUCCACACCAACCGUGAGAGGAAUUUCUCGCUGACUCGUUGGCCAGACAAACAGAGCAAAAAGGACGCUCCUUUCCUUGAUUGGCUCUGAUAUGCUCUUCUCCCUGCCUUCUCUGUUUCCGGGUGGUUUGCUGCUGGUUCUGCUGGCUUUCUGCUGCUUUAUCUGUUUUGUGUUCUUGUUCUGUUGUUUUGCUUUUUUCCUGUGCUUCCUGUGCCUUUGGUUGUUCUGUGUCUUUGUGGUGUCUGGGUUUAUCGCCCCCUUUUGUGUGGCCUCACUUUACUGGCUUUUCUAUGUUGCUUGGUUUUCUGGUGUUUCUUGCAGAUCUGUUUGGCUCCCUUGGGUCUUUGUUCUUCUGUUACUUCCCUUGUAUCUAAAAAAAAAAGUACGAGAUACAUGCAAUUUUAUAUUUGUUUCUGCAGAUUCAUAUUCUAUACUCAAUGAGACAAACAUUGGGAUGAUGGGUCCUGGAGCCCCAGCACAUGCAGUAGGUCCUACACCUGAAAUUGGAGAACAAUUCCAUGGGGCAUCACUUUAUGGAGCAGACUUAUUUCAUGAAGACGAUAUGUAUUCACAAAUUGAAGAGGAGACCUCUGGAUGGAAUCUUUUGUACCCUCAUAACUUACCAGAGAUAACCAGUGGACGAUUACCAGAGAUAAACAUCAACUCGAAACCUGCCCUCAUCCCUCUAUUUGAGAAGGUCCUGGUUCCUAGCGAUGCUGAUCCUUGCAGAGGAAUGUUGUUCCUACCCAAGCUAUAUUCGGAGAUUUACUUUCCAGAGCUUCCUUUGGGCCAAAAGAUGCCGCUUCUCGUGCAGGACAUUACAGGAGUUAAUUGGCAGUUCGUGUAUGGGGUCUGGUGGAUGAAUGGCCGAAAGAUAUACGUGUUGGAAGGUUUUGAUGGGUACAUGACCUUAAUGGGAUUGAAACCAGGUGAUAAAGUUACGUUUUAUCGGACUGAACCGGAGAAAAAGCUGAUAAUUCGAUUGCAGAAGGCUCCAGAUAAUAAAUGAAGUAGAAGAGGGUGAUGUGGUGCUGAGAAUGUUGCCGUGGAUGCUGCUGGAGCUCUUUGUGGAUAUUCUGUUCUUAUCAGUUUGUGUUAUUGAAGCCUGCUGCUCUGUGCCUCAGAAUUUCUUUUUAAUUUUCGGUUUUCUCUCAUUUAUUGGUCAAACUAUAACGGUUAAUUAAUCUCUGAGUCCUGAAGUUCCCUGGGAUUUCAUGGAUAAUAAUCAGUUGCGUUUUCCUUAAGGAUAACCUUUGAGAAACAAAGGGAUGAUACUUGAUUCCAAUGUUGUUGCUGGAUUCUUUCCAUAAAUCUUUCAUUUUUAAUAAUUCUGCCCCAAUUGGAAAUAACUCCAGUCCUCAAGGACUUCGAGCGCAUCUGCACGCACACCUCUAUUUUGUGUGGUGGGCAGUUGGCAAAUUUCGAGAGAUCAUCUUGUUAGGUGGAACUUCUGCUGUCUUCCAAGGAAGAAUUGGGCCUUGAUCUUGGGAAUCUAGUGUCUAAAUUCUGUCUUUGGUCAAUCGGCUUGACUUUUUUUUUUUUUGUAGAAUUAACCUCUUUAUAACCCAUGGUAAUAAAGAUCAAAUUUAGGUCUCUAUAUUGGGAUCUUACAACGGACAGUUUGAAGGGAGAUGAAGACCAAAUAAGAGAGAACUAUUCAAUCUUUGCGAGAAUUUAUUAAGAGAUUUAAUAUAUCUGAAUUCAGUGAGAAAUUCAUACUUUUUACAGACAAAUUCUCAUUAUAUUUUCUUCAUCAAAAUUGCUCAUCUGUGCACUGUCCUGAUAAGAUCAGUUUAUAAAGCUACUCUCCUAAGUAAUUGGCAACCUCCAAUAUCUUUGUAGGUCU